UUGGUAGGUUUGACGCCAGUGAACAACAAAACAACUAUGUCACCUUCAAAGGAAGCUGCUCCUCUUUCUUCUUCCUCAUUAUCUUCUCCCUCAUCUUCGCUGCCAUCUUUUUCUUCAGCCAGUGUCCCGGGGAAUGCUCUGGAUGGCUUCUCCCUACCUCAGGUGACAGCUAACAACCUGCCCUCACAGGUCUUAAGAGGUCACUCCAGCCCUUCCACUCCAAUCUUUCUGAGGCGUGCCAGAGCCCAAGGGUUACCCAAGGACAUGCCCCUGUAUCUGCCUCAUGGCCAAGUGCUGGAGCGGGCAGAGUACUGCAUGGUGAGGCCUGGUGGAGAUGGCCUCACCAGCCCCCAGCCGCCCAGCCUUGCAGAGAUGGCUUCCGAUGGGUGUCAGGGAGCAGAGGCCCCUCUUCGGAAUACCAGAAGCAUCCGCAGAGGCCCUCACCCCACUGGAGGGAAAGACAGGUGCUUGCCAGACCAAAAGCUAUCUCCCAGGGCUGGAGAGGACCCAGGAGAAAAGAACACUGGACCCAGAAGAGGAGAGGAGGAUGGGUCAGAGCUGGAAGAGGGGAAGAAGCUGGACUUGAAGAAGUUAGUCCUCACUCCGGAGCAGAAGACAAAGCUGCUGGACUGGAACCAUUCCAUCCCUGAGAGUAUGAGCCUGGAAGCUGGGGCACAGUCUGCCCAGAGAAGUACUGACAGUGGUAGGGGAGGCUGUGUCCUGAAACCAGUUAGUCCCUUGCUGCUCCCCCGGACAGCGAGAGAGACCCCGCCCCCCCAAGGAAGGGCUCAGGAGAAGACGGGGACCCCAGCUGAACGGGCUCCACCCAAGUCCCCACUUCGGCUCAUAGCAAAUGCCAUCCGAAGGUCCCUGGAGCCCCUCCUCCCCAACUCGGAAGGUGGGAGGAAGGCCUCUGCCAAGCCAGAAUCAAAGACCUCGCCCACCAGCCAGCCGCAUGCUUGCACUCGCUCCUUCAGUCUUCGCAAAACCAGCUCCAAUAAAGACGGCAACCAGCAGUCCCCGGGGAAGGGCAUGGCGAGCAGGGCCUCAGCCUUCUUCUCCUGGGCCUCCCCACCUGCCAGGGCUGCCCAGCCAUCGUACCCUAACCCUCCUGACCUUGCCCUCUGCACCCAUAGCUUGCCCAACCGACCGUCCAAGAUGUUUCCUGCACUCAUGACCCCGCCCCGCCACAAGAUGGAAGAUGUUCCCACACUCCUUGAGAAAGUGAGUUUGCAAGAGACAUCCCCAGAUGCUUCUCAGGUUCCAAAGGGAAAAAUCUCGCUCUUUCCCUCCUUCAGACUCAAAGACAAAUCUUUUGAGAGUUCCCUCCAAGAAUCCAAACAAAGAAAGGACCUCCAGGACCUCUUUAGCACCCCCAGGGGGGCAGGGGAGCCGGCGGACAGCACCCAGCCCCUGGAGAAGUUGGCACAGCCUUUCAGUAGCACCUGCCUGGGGCAGAGGGUCCGUCCUCCUUCUCCAGACAAAGAUGCAA